CUCACCUCCCCCUCCGCUGCUCCUCCCCACCCCUACAACCAAUAACAGCCCGCUACGUUGAGCUCCCCCGGCCCAACCGCACUCUACCAUGCAAAGCCACCUAGGGCACCGCAGAGACGCAGUUCGGGCCCAAAACAAGACUCAACGGCUAACGGAUCGGUGCUUUAAAUACUUCGAUCCCCCAAAUUCCACCUUCUCCCAUGGGUGGUGUUUUGUACAGAUUCGCGUUUUACAUGCCUUUGAGAUGAGCACUUGAGAUAUGGCGGACGCUACACCCGUGCAAGCUGCUGCUGGGGCCGUGGUUCCCGUAUCAGCAGCGCCUCUGAAUGCGGUGGCGGUCCCGACAACGUUUAGGGAGCGAUUGGGGCAGUUUCGGAUUCUGGAGGAGAGGCGGUUGGAGCUUAUUGAGGAACUCCUCGACAAGCUCGAAAAGACAGAAGCAAAGCUCGCCCAGACCGAGCUAGACCUACAAUCCGAACAAAAUGUCCGCCGGACGCUGCAGGCCGAAGUGGUGGAAGCGAAGGAGAGGGAGAGCAGUUUGGCCCAGAAGCAGGCACGACGGCCCUUCGCCCUCGUCCUCAUCGACGCCGACGCAGAAGGCUUCACGUUCCAAGACAAAUACCUCACCAAACGCACCGCGGGCGGCGAAUCCCUCGCCGACGACCUCCUCAUCCGCACGCGCGAACUCCUCCGGCCCCUCUACCCCUCCGACGCAGACACCCUCGACAUCCUCAUCCGCAUCUACUCGAACCUCGAAUCCCUCGCCAACACGCUCGUCCGCGACUCCAAACUGCGCAACCUCGGCCAGCUGCGCGCCGCCUCGACGGGUUUCUGCGGGCGCAUCGCAGGCUUCGACUGGAUCGACGUCGGCGUCGCCAAGGAUGGGAUUAGUACCCGAAAGGUCAAGGAGAAUGUAGCUCUUUUCGCGCCGAAUUGCCAUCUGAGGCAUCUGUUCCUCGCGCUGGAUAAUAAAGCGAUGAGUCCGGCGUUUUUGACCGCGUUGCCGUUGCGGAACGGUCUGGCGAGUUUGACCCUGAUUGAGAGUGCGCCGCUGCCGCCUGCCAUAUCGUCGCUGCCGGAUCUCAGGACGGCGAAGUUGAGCUCCAUUUUUGCGCCGCUGCCGUUGCCGAAGUCGCCUCGAUCUAGAGGCAGGGGUGUUACGAGUGGGGGGUCGGGGCAUCAGUUGCAGCUUACGCAGCAGGAGGAUCCGGAUGGGGGGAGUACGUGGUUGGUCAUUCGGCCCGAGAGGAGUAAGAGUCAGGGGGUUGGUGGGUUUGGGAGUAGAGGGAGGAGAGGGGGGAGUGAUGAUGAGGAUAGCAGUUUGAGUAUUAGUAUUGGGCCGGAUAAUACGGUGAGUGUGGAUAGUGGGAGGCGGAGGAGGGUGGUGGGGUAGAAAGACUCAUAUAUGUACAGUGGAGCAAAAAGAUUGGGCUGGUAGUGUGAUCGAAUGGUAGAGAAAGGAUUGGAGCAGAUCGAGAAAAGGAUCAAAUGAAAUUGCAUUGGUUUUGGGUAUAAAAUGGGUCUACUUAGAAAUAGCAUGGCAGGCAAAAGCAUAUACUUACUACGUUCCACUCUCGACUCUGUUACCGGAUAUCCCUAUAAAUGCAAC